AUGCCCUCGCCGGGUGCUUAUGCCAUGGUGCUAGACUCCACCUUCUCAACGGAGAGGCGGGCUUGCCGUUUCUCCCGGAUCCUGAUAGACGGCGGCGGCAGCAUGAACAUCCUCUACCGCGACACCAUGGAGAAGCUGGCCAUCAAGGAGAAGCAGCUCCUGGCCAGUCAGACCGUUUUCCAUGGCAUCGUCCCCGGACUUUCCUACUCUCCAAUCGGCAAGAUCAAGAUCGACGUCCUGUUCGGCGACAAGGUCCAUUUCUGCCGCAAGCCAAUCUGGUUUGAGGUGGUAGAUCUGGACAACCCCUACCAUGCGCUCUUGGGCCGGCCUGCACUGGCACAAUUCAUGGCGAUGCCGCAUUAUGCCUACCUGAAGAUGAAGAUGUCGUGUCCCAAGGGAAUCAUCACCAUUGCUGGCGACUACCAAAGUCGCUCGCGUGCGCCGCUGCCAGCAGUCGGCUAG